CGUGUGGUGAUGAUUUGCUUAAUAUCAAUAUAUAAAAACUAACAAGAAACUGUUACAUUUAAAGCUGUGGAGCAUACAAAAAUUCAACGCAGAAGUGUACAAAACAUGAAUAACCAAUGUCAAACCUCUACUAAAAAUUCAAUUUCACCCCAUCACUAGCUAAGGAGAUUGUACCACCUGAAAAUAAACAAAAACAAAAAUGUUUUUCCGCGCACUUUUGCGGCCUCAACUGACAUCGGUUAUGUUUGCCGCCAGCACUUUGGCAACUGCCUCAACAUAUGACGAAGUAUUAUUUCUCGAUGAUGAUGUCAUCGUAAGUCAAUCGUACUACUCGAAUUCGCCGCACUUUGCCUUAGACUCGUCUUCGGUGGUGGAACUCCAGCAGCUGCUGCAAAGUGAGGCAUUCAAGCAAAACAUGUCACUGACUCUGAAUAUCUCGACGGAGAACCUGACAGAUCUACUUAACACUGCGCAGCUCAAUCAAACCUGGGAGUUGCCGCAGCAGCAGCUACCAAUGUCUGCGUUGAUUGCGCUCACUGUGUUCUAUGUCAUCAUCUUCGUGGCUGGUGUGUUGGGUAAUCUCAUCACAUGCAUCGUUAUCUCGCGCAAUAAAUUUAUGCACACCGCGACAAAUUUCUAUCUUUUCAACCUGGCUGUGUCGGAUUUGAUGUUACUGUUGUCAGGUGCACCUCAAGACGUCUACAGUUACUGGUACCCGAAUGCUUUCCCAUUUGGCGAUGCGAUUUGCAUACUUGACAGUGUUUUAGCGGAGACAGCCACCAAUGCAACUGUGUUGACAAUAACAGCAUUUACCGUUGAACGUUACAUAGCGAUUUGUCAUCCAUUUCGACAGCACACCAUGUCGAAGCUUUCGCGCGCUAUCAAGUUCAUUUUCGCCAUUUGGGUGACGGCGCUGCUGCUCGCCCUGCCGCAGGCGAUGCAAUUCUCCGUUGUCUCCGAGCAGGGCGGCACCUCCUGCACGAUUGGCAAUCACUUUGUCGAGCAUGUUUUUGCCGUGUCGGGUUUUAUCUUCUUUGGCGGUCCCAUGACGGCGAUUUGUGUUCUUUACGUCCUGAUUGGUAUAAAGUUGAAACGGAGUCGCUUGCUACAGGCAGUGCCGAGACGUACUCCUGAUGUACAUCGUGGUAUCAGCGCUCAAAGUCGUGUCAUCAGAAUGUUGAUUGCCGUCGCAGUGGCUUUCUUCCUCUGCUGGGCGCCCUUCCACGCACAACGCUUGAUGGCUGUGUAUGGCAGCAGCGCAAACAUUGAAUCGCAACUGUUCAGGGAUGUCUUCGAAGCUGUCGACCUCACAUCCGGUGUGCUGUAUUACCUAUCGACCUGCAUUAAUCCGUUGCUGUACAACAUCAUGAGUCACAAAUUUCGUGAUGCUUUUAAGGUAACUUUAGCACGUCAAUUUGGAUUCCCCGGCCGCUCUCAGAGUCAAAGCUACAACUACAGCGCCGUACAGCUGCGACAGAACGGUUCCAUGCGUCUACAUAGAACGGUGAAUAACAAUGCUCUCGAUCACAACCACUCUUACCAAGUUAUGCAAUUACAUUGUCGUGACCAAAGACAUCAUCUCUCUCUGCAGGACAGCAUCCGAACAACAACCACGACGACAAUAAUCGACAGCAGCGGUGGAAUGGGUGGCAACAGCGUUAGUCGCACUUCUUCACAUCGUUACCAUUACACCUCCAUCGGCUCGCAAUUCCCGCUGACAACAACACUGUCGCAGCGGGAUGAAAUCGUCGCAAAUCAAGUAAAUGGUAUGACUGCAGCAAGCGGAGCCAAACAACAACAACAGCAGAAGCAACACCAACACAUGCUGCAAUCUCAAUUAUCACAACGGUCUAAUGGGACAGAUAGCAAUAUUCUACUCGACAUGGAGUUGGACACUGCGCAAAACUUUUGUCUCGGUAAUCCGCAGUCUUCAGCCAUAAAUUGCAAACGGAGUGAUAACUUGCGACGCUCCGUCAUUAGCAAUAGUAUGGCGCUUGUAACGCAUAAUGCGCGCCCUCUAUGCGAUGAUCGCAUGUCGAUUAACUCACAAGAGUGGAAUAGCGGCGCUGAUCAAUACAAACUGGGCGAUUCCUUUUCUAUGGCGGAACUUGAUCCCGAACUGCCUAAACGCGAUACACCGAAUAAUCUGACAAUGGCAAGAUUGCCUGGCGCUCAACUACCGGCGACCACACAACCGGUAACCUUCAUAACGGAAUUCGACGUGCAUAGACCGGCACGUACACGUCUCAAACUUUCACGAGUAAUUAGUCGACAUGACCAGGACACAUUGUUGGCCAAGUCGGUGCCGCGCACUGAACUAAUUCCCAGCGCCGCUAAUUUGCCUAACGUGCCUGGCUCACCGUUUACGACCUACGUAAACGAUAAGAAAAAGCAAACACGAAAUAUGAACGGCGGUCGUACCUACGUACAUAGAACCUUUGGCACACUCAGCGGCAUUUUUCAUUGGCGUGCUCGUAAAAGAGAGCUGAAUUGAGGAAAUGUUAGUGCUUGUAGUGUGGCGAAUGCGGAUGCUAGUAGUAAUAGGUCGGGUCAGCACCGUUACGCUGCAACUCAUACAUGUUCAACCGAUACACCGACAACGCAGAUGCCACUUAUGCGAAGUAUAUCAUCUCCGACGUCGGUCAUACUCAAAUUCAAAAUUUGCUGCGUACAUGAUGAAACGAUUGGGCAGUAUUUGUGAUUGUUGGAAAGCUCAGUAAAAUGUGGAAAUGAUAUUUAGCCGGCUUCGGAUAUUAGGUGUGUUCUAUGCUCCGUUUACUAUGCCGUAGAUCAGACCCAAAGAAGCAAAGAAAUCCACGUCAAAUUGAGAAAAACAAAGAAUUUGAAUGAGCAUAAUCUAGUGCCGCUAAGUCGCUUCGACGUCGGUUUUGACCGGCGUGAGUAUGGAUUCACUUGCGCAUAUAAAACGACGUAAACGUAAGAGCACACCAAUAUUGAUACAUAAUUUCGGGAUUUUAUUGAUAAUGUGUACCUUCAAUGAUAAACAGAGCCAACUGUGAAUGUUAGUAAAUCUUGUAGAAUAGGGUCUGAAAGUUUGAAAAACAAAAAUGUCUUCUGAAAGAAAUACUGUAGAUAAAUAAAAUAUUGAAUUUUUAAUAAAGAAAUAUUUUUGAAAAUGCGAUUUGGUUAUAGAUUUUAUUAUACAAAGAACAAAAUAUAACUUGUUAAAAUUAAUAAUGAAGCAUAAUUUUUGUAUUAGAUUGUAUUAGCUUUCUGGUUUUUAGCGUUGUAUUCAGGUGCCAUCUUAAUAAAAUGGUUGAUUUCUAUUGUAUAUUUAAUGCAUUCGGACAACGUUUAUAUACUUCAUAUUUUGCAGUACCUAUAGGGUCUAGACAACAUUUCUAUACUGGAACUAAUUAUAUAACCGUUUAAUAAAUCUAUUCAGCUUAUAAGUUUUAUUUUUAUUGUUCUUAAAUAAAUCUUGUGAUAAAAAUAAA